AUGGUCCAGGCAGCUGGUGUGACUAAGCCAUGGCUUGUAAGGAUGGGGCGGAGGGGCGUAGACUGUGAAGGCAUGGAGGGAGAGUUUGUUUGGUUGUUUCCUAUAGCAUCGUCUUCAGCAGUGCCUAUUCCCGGAACUUUCGCAUGGCCACUCACGGCUCGAGGGAAGCCGAGGAGAGGAAUGCUUCGACGGGCCGUCUUCUCUGACGUGCAGCGAAAAGCGUUGGAGAAGAUGUUUCAGAAACAGAAGUACAUCAGCAAACCAGACAGAAAGAAAAUGGCGACGAAACUUGGCCUUAAAGACUCUCAGGUAAAAAUUUGGUUCCAAAAUCGAAGAAUGAAAUGGCGCAAUUCCAAAGAAAGAGAGCUUCUUUCAUCAGGAGGUUGCAGGGAACAAACAUUGCCGACGAAAAUGAACCCCAAUCCUGACCUGAGCGACGUUGGCAAAACGUUUGAAACUGACGUGGCUCUGAGAGAAAGCCCGUGCGCGCCUUUCUGUCAGCCGCGCGGGGAUCACGAGCUCAACGUAGAUUUACAUUUCACUUCGCCUUCUAUCUCCAGCAAGCACUCAGACUUCUCAGAAUCAGAGGACGAGGAAAUAACCGUGUCAUAAUCAUU